AUGGAACAGUACGCUGCCCUUCAUCCUACCCAGCCCCAUAAUGCUAGGGCCGCCAUGAAAUCGGGCAAGACCCUUCUCGGAUGCGGUCUCUCGUUCCCUUCUAUCGAAGUCGCCCGCAAAGUAGCACUCACAGGCUACGAUUGGUGUUUCAUUGAUGCAGAGCAUGCUCCAUUCACUCCUGUCCUGCUUGCAAGCCUGGUGUCGACGAUCACGCACUACAGCCAGUCGAAGAUGUUCCCAGUCGUUCGUGUCCCCGCACACGAGCCGUCGUUCAUCAGUGUCGCCCUCGACGCUGGCGCAGCAGGAAUCAUCCUACCCCACCUCGAGACAAAGGAGCAGGCUCGUCACCUCAUCAACGAGUGCAGGUUUGCUCCCUUGGGCAAACGCUCCUAUCCACCAUGGAGCUGGAUCAGGGGCAUAAACGACCAGGUUCCAGAUGGGCACACCAUCAUGAGCGCAGCAAACGACGCCGUCGCAUGCAUCGCCCAGAUUGAAUCUGUCAAGGGUGUCGAGAAUGCCGAGGACAUUAUUAGUAUGGAGGGUAUCGACGCGGUUAUGAUUGGUAUUGGUGACCUGAGACUCGACAUGAACCUCCCGGUCGUCUUCGAGGGUACAGAGCCCGAAUAUAUCGCCGCUCUCGACAAGGUUGAGGGACUCGCCAAGAAGUAUAACAAGCCUCUAGUUGGCUUUGCCUUCCCCGAAAUGACGAGCUUCUUCGAAGACAGAAUCCGUCGCAACUACCAACUGCUCAUGGUCUCUGCUGACAGCUACGCGAUGACUUAUGGUAUGGCAAUGGCAGGUGCCACCUCGCGCACCAUGGUGGCAGAUAUUCAAAAGAAGAUGGCUGAAGAAAAGGCAGCAGCUACAGAGGGUGCAGCAAACGGCCAUGAAAAGGUCGCUAAUGGUGACAGCGCCCAGCAGGAAGAGGUGACCGUGUCCGCCUGA